GAUGGUGGUGGGACAGGCUGUGCAUUUCUGUGUUCGUACUUACCAGUACCAAGCGUUCAUAGGUCAUUAGUGUUAGCUGCUUUUUUUAGGGGGGUGGAUUAUGUUUUUUUAUACAACUGCAAUAAACAAUUCAACCUCGCAGAUGUAUUUUUUUCCCUUUUGUUAAAUAAGAUUUUGCUUCAGUUUGAAUUUGUGUUGGCUUCAUUGGAUAAAAUGAAUGUCCACAAAAAAGAAUGUCUAUGAUUUUAGGAGUUCUGGUCGUCUAUUUUGCAUCCUCACCUAAAAGAUGCCACUUCUGCAUCCUGAAAUGGAGGAAUUGCUGCUGCAUACUGUUCUAUUCUCACAAGGGGAUUACUUACUUAAAAGCCAGUUCUGGAAACUUUGUCCACACCCCUAUUAGGAUAAAAAGAGUUAAAACAGGACGGAAGCAUCUGAGUGCUCACUGAAUAGAGCUGUGGCGGAAGUAAAGGAACCCUGCAGCCUUCCCAUGGUCUCUGUGCACAUGGAGAACAAGGAAAAUGGCUCUGUCGGUGUGAAAAAUUCCACGGAGAAUGGGAGACCACCCGACCCUGCAGACUGGGCUGUGAUGGAUGUCGUCAAUUACUUCCGAACAGCAGGAUUCGAGGAGCAAGCCAGAGCUUUUCAGGAGCAGGAGAUCGAUGGGAAGUCCCUGCUAUUGAUGACAAGGAAUGACGUGCUGACCGGACUGCAGUUAAAACUGGGGCCCGCGCUGAAAAUCUACGAGUAUCAUGUAAAGCCUCUGCAGACGAAGCAUUUAAAGAGCAGCUCUUCAUAGCUGUCAGACUGAGGCUCAGACCUCGGCAGAUACACCUCGGUGCCGAAACCUUGUAAGCAGAAGACGUGCCCGUGUACAGGUAAAGAAUUUCAACCCAGCGAAAUGGUACCCUACCAGAUGGACUAGGCAGUCCGUCCGCCGACCCGACUCCACCGGGAGGAGGAAAGAACGUGCACCAGAUGUCUCUUCUUGAGGCGCUUUUCAAACAGAGCGAUCUGCCCAUGAGGCCUUUGAAACCAUAAGGAUUGUCCUCCUUUCUUCAUAGAUUACUUUCCAUAAACUCCCCAGUUAAGAGAGUUCAAGUAGAAUAAUUUAGGGAGGUAGAGAGAAGAGAAAAAAAGGAGUGCUUUCUCCUUUGAGUCCCUCUGCUCUGUAGAGCUUGUGCUCCUUGAAUGGGAUUGCUGACACCCCUUUUUAUAGAGGGUCUUCGACUUGACCUUAUUAAGGUUUCACUGGGGUUUGCGGAGUUUGAAAUGAACCUGUGUCACGGCCCCUUGAGAAGCACAAGCAGUUGUGCCCCUGGGCCUCCCGUCCAUGUUGAACUGCCUGUCCUAGCGAUUCACACAUUCGCUUACUUGGCUCUUUGUUGUUGAAGAAAGCCUUUUGUUUGUUUACUUUGUGGUUUGUAUUUAUAAUAAUUUGUUACUGAAGAAAUUUGCCAAGAAUCAAUUACAGAUCACAAUGCCUUGUUACCAGUACAGAGUAUUUUUAUAUCUAUACCUUCACAAUGCUGUCAUAUUUUUUAACAGUCCUAGGCCUUGUUUGGUUCCUGGUUUGAGUGCUUGUCUUUAAUAACUUGAAAACAUGGGCUUGCUACAUCUCUGUUCCAAGAGACACUUGUCCAGUCACUGCGCGUCAGUGGCCUUGUUGAAUUGGUGCUUUGUGCUUACAAUAAAGCAUUGGUUAGUACAGCCAGGGGGGGGUCUCUGGUUCCUUCUUCAAAGAUUGAAGAUUAGAGUCUCCUGGAAGCCAUAAAGAGAUAAUUAAGCCUUUAAAAAAAAAAAAAAAAAA